CGUCAUCAGGAGCCGCACAAACAUGGACAGUCCAGAAGUUACCUUCACUUUGGCUUAUAUCGUCUUCGUGUUUUGUUUUGUUUUCACGCCGAACGAGUUCCAGUCGGCGGGCCUUACGGUUCAGAAUAUAUUUUCGGCAUGGCUCGGCAGCGAAGACCUCACUUUCGUCCAGUAUCACAUCAAGAGGACGAGUGUAACUCUUCUCGUUCACUCGGCGUUGCCUUUGGGUUACUACGCAGGAAUGUGCGUCGCGGCGCCAGAGAAGUACCUGGGCUCCAGCCACAACGCCAGCGUGGCGUGGCACUCGUACCUGGCCCUGUCGCUCGCCCUCCCGCUGCUCAGCUGGCUGCUCGUGCUACACUGGUCACGGAGCGGCUGGGCGAAGCACCCCAUCGCCAAGAAGCUCGCCUCCCACGCCUUACCGCGGUCCAGCUGGCGAGCCGUGGCAUCUUCCAUCAACACGGAGUUCCGCCGGAUCGACAAGUUCGCCACCGGCGCCAGCGGAGCCCGGGUCAUCGUCACGGACACCUGGGUCAUGAAAGUCACCACCUACUUCCUACACGUGGCUCAGCAGCAGGACGUCCACCUGACGGUGGUGGACUCCAAGCAGCAUGAGCUGAGUCCCGACUCCAAUGCGCCGGUGCAGAUCCUCACCAUCUCAGUGGCCAGUGUGAACCCGCACGUCCAUCCCUUUGACAUCAGGCUGAAUUCCACGGAAUACGGGGAGCUGCGAGAAAAGCUGCACGCGCCGAUCCGAAACGCCGCCAACGUCGUUAUUCAUCAGACCCUGAGCGACUUGUUCCUGGAGACAUUCAAAUCCCACGUGGAGACAAACCAGCCCUACCUACUGCCCAGUGGGCAAGAGCUGGAGCCCUGCAUCGGCUGCAUGCAGGUGAACGCCAACACGAAGCUGGUGAAGCUGUGCCAGGCGGAAGCCGAGGGCGAGUGUCAGCAGUGUUACUGCCGCCCCAUGUGGUGCCUCACCUGCAUGGGCAAGUGGUUCGCGAGCCGCCAGGACCAGCAGCGACCCGACACCUGGCUGGCCAGCAGCGUCCCCUGUCCCACCUGCAGGGCCAAGUUCUGCAUCCUGGAUGUGUGUGUGGUGCGCUGAGCUCGGCCUGCCAAACACAGACUGACCGACGUCACCCCCUCCCUUCCUCGUGCAAACAGAAGAUGUGAAGUGUAGAUGUUCACUACGGUACGAGGGCGGGGCUCAACUCCAGAGAGAUAAAGAGGAGCCAUUGACAUAUUGUUGUACAACUGGGUUCUUAUCCCUUACCCCUACACUUGAGCUUUGUGUUUACGCCGUGCGUCCUUCCCCAAAGUAAUCAAUGAACCUCAUCCCACUGCCCCUGGGGAGGCGCAGAAGCCCUGCUGUGCAGUGCUUGCACACCCCCCCCCACACACACGGGUGAAGGGAUUGCUCAGAGUAUCCUUUGGUAAAAGAUGACUUAUUUACAGCAGAUAUGUUUUUGUUUUCUAACCUAUACCUUUAGUGACUGCUGUGAUUUUUAUUGGGAGUGUAAGUAAGGUAAAUGCAACUUUGAGCUUUUCCCAGCAAAUUGCCUGUGGCCUUAUUAUUCUGUCACUGGCUUGAUCCUUUGCUCAAAGUCACUUCCCUGGUCAGCGCUGGCACUGUACAGAUGGACAGUAAAGGGUCCCAAUCAAACUAUAUUUGUAGUAGUUUAAGCAGCACAGUGUACACUGAAAAGCAGGGGCCACCCCAGUGCUGUGGGUGUGAGGAGGGACACGCCUCCCCCAUUGCUGGACAGUUCUCUGAGAAGUGCAGUAAAACCCCCUCUGUAUUUAUCUCACCAGUUAUAUUAUUUCCUGAAUAUACAUGGUGGAUUAUUUAGCAAAGUCCUGAUUUAAUGUGGCCAAGCUAAAGUAUGGAAGAACUUUUAAUACCUGCGUAAAUCUAUAAGUAUACUAAAUUGGAUAAGGAUUUUGAAUUAUGAUUUUAAUCCAAAUUCAUUUUACCCUUGCAUCCUAUUUGAAUAUAGUACAUUUGAUUCAUUAUGUGAUAGUGCCCCUGCAGCUGUCUCUUCCUCUUUGCACAUGGGGGUCUGAUGAGCACCUGACACUAUGACCUGUACCCACUUAUUGAAAUACAUACAGAUUAAGGAUUGCAGGGGAAAAUCAAGUGCCAAGCUUACCUGUGGUGAAUUUCCUACUUUGAGGUACAGUAAUAACUGAAGCUUUAUAAACAUACUUGAGCAGAACAGCCUCAGUCCAUUAUUUUAGUUUAUAUUACAGAUGCUCUCAUUCUGGGGAAUCAGUAGCACAGGUAGUUUAUCAAUUACUCAUAUCUUUAGCAUUUAGUUGGAAAAUGUGCUCCACCCAGUGAACUUGAUACCCAUUUAUACACAUAAGCCUCCCAAACACCACAUCUGUGACAAAUUAGAACCCUCCCCCACCCACAUUACCAUGGAAACUUCCCUUUAAAGGGUCUCCAAACAAAGAUUAAAGCAAGAUCAAGUCCACCUAUUAACUUCCAAUGCUAACUUAAACAUCCCAGUGAUUUAUAUCAAAACUUCUCAUA